CUACACUCCCCUCAGUGACGCUCUCCCAGCAAGCUAGCCCAGCUGCUUCCAUCUCGACCGCCAUGGCGGCCACCACCAUUCCUCUCCUCCUCCUCCUCCUCACCGCCGCCGCCGCCGACCUCUCCGUGUACCACAACGUGCAUCCCGCGUCGCCCUCCCCGCUCGAGUCCAUCAUCGCGCUCGCCCGCGAGGACGACGCCCGCCUCCUCUUCCUCUCCUCCAAGGCCGCAUCCACCGGCGUCUCCUCCGCGCCCGUCGCCUCCGGCCAGACGCCCCCCUCCUACGUCGUCCGCGCCGGGCUCGGCUCGCCGUCGCAGCAGGUCCUGCUCGCGCUCGACACCAGCGCCGACGCCACCUGGGCGCACUGCUCCCCGUGCAGCACCUGCCCGACCAGCAGCCUCUUCGUCCCGGCGAACUCCUCCUCCUACGCCUCCCUCCCCUGCUCCUCGUCGUGGUGCCCGCUCUUCCAGGGCCAGGCGUGCCCGGCGCAGAGCGACCCGUCGCAGAGCGCGGCGCCGCUGCCGACGUGCGCCUUCGCGAAGCCGUUCGCCGACGCCUCCUUCCAGGCGGCGCUGGCCAGCGACUCGCUGAAGCUGGGCAGGGACAGCAUCCCCAACUACACGUUCGGGUGCGUGAACGCGGUGACCGGGCCGACGACGAACCUGCCGAAGCAGGGGCUGCUGGGCCUCGGCCGGGGCCCCAUGGCGCUGCUCUCCCAGGCGGGGAGCCUGUACAAUGGCGUCUUCUCCUACUGCCUGCCCAGCUACAAGUCGUACUACUUCUCCGGCUCGCUCCGGCUGGGCGCCGGCGGCCAGCCGAGGAGCGUCCGGUACACGCCGAUGCUGAGGAACCCGCACCGGUCGUCGCUCUACUACGUGAACGUGACCGGGCUCAGCGUGGGGCGCGCGUGGGUGAAGGCGCCGGCCGGGUCGUUCGCGUUCGACCCCAACACCGGCGCCGGCACGGUGGUCGACUCCGGCACGGUGAUCACGCGGUGGACGGCGCCCGUCUACGCGGCGCUGCGCGACGAGUUCCGGCGCCAGGUGGCCGCGCCGAGCGGGUACACGUCGCUGGGCGCGUUCGACACGUGCUUCAACACCGACGAGGUGGCGGCCGGCGGCGCGCCGCCCGUGACCAUCCACAUGGACGGCGGCGUGGACCUGACGCUGCCGAUGGAGAACACGCUCAUCCACAGCAGCGCCACGCCGCUGGCCUGCCUCGCCAUGGCCGAGGCGCCGCAGAACGUCAACUCCGUCGUCAACGUCGUUGCCAACCUGCAGCAGCAGAACAUCCGCGUCGUCUUCGACGUCACCAACUCACGCGUCGGCUUCGCAAAGGAGUCAUGCAACUGAGAUCAUCUGCUACUACUAGUGAGCCAGCUGCUAGCCAUGCACGAGAACAGCU